UAAUUAUAAAAUAAUUUGAAGUUAGAUUCUUUAGUAAGGCAUGAGCCAACAAAAAAUCUCUAAGAAAAAAGUAACUUUCAGUGAUUAUGACGAGGUUGAAAUAAUUGAUGAAUGGGCAUUGGUAUAUCGCACAGAAGCGAAGAAACCAAGAAAAUCUAUUGUUUCCAAAAAGCCGAGGAAUAAUGAUUUAAGGACUUCUCUACUCAGUUCUCGUGAAAACCUCAAACAUAGGAAAGCCUUAGCUAGGAACAAGAGGAAGAUUGGGCUGGAGAGCUUGAGAAAGUUGAAGACGGUUAAGGCAAGUAGUCUACAGAAGAAGCUCAGACUGAAAAAGUUUCAACAUAGGCUGCUUAAGAAGGUAGGUGCUAAGAUUUCAUCAAAUCCUGCUGUAAAGCCACCUACCAAACCCUGCAUAUCUCUCCGUAAAAGCUUGCCUUCUCUCACCCUCUGUGAAAAAUACUCCAGGCCCCAAGUAGCUAAGCAUAUCCAUGUCGAUUUGACCUCUCCCAGAAAGAAAGAACAAUUCAGUGCUCAUGAAUCACUGAAUAUUUAUUAUAAAACUGGUACUGUAAGAAGCCCUCUGCAUGCUCCUAAAGAGAGCCUGAACAGCAGUACGCUCACAGUUGGGAAUAUGAGGAAGCAUACUCUUAGACAGAACAGAAGCAUUAGUAAUGAAUCAUUGGUAGGAGGCCUGAUUUCAGGCAAGAGAUCUUGAGUCUCCAACUACACUCUUCUGAAGCAGUCCAAAGUUGAUGAACCCAAGUCAAGCAUGACACCUCAUAUUGGACAAGUAUUAUGCAAUCUAACACCAAACGGAGGAAGUACCCUAUCAAUGACGUCUCCAGUAAGAGGGCUUGCAAAUCUAAGCGUCAUUAAUCCAGCUCUGUCCAUUUUUGGAGAAACUGUUCUAAACAGAGAAAGCAUUACACCAGUACAACAAUUCACCAGCAACACUAACCUCAACCCAAACAACAUCAACAAAACAACCGAGGGUGAACAAUUCCGGAGUGAUCUCGAAGAAACAAUCUCUCUUGCUCAAUGUAGCACUGAUGAAUUUUCUCCUGACUAUAACUAA